GGAGGCUGCGGAUUCGUCUCUCGGAACGGGGUCGCCGGCCGCCGAACGCCCGGCGUGCGUUCCUCGGUCGCGAGACGAUCGUUCUAUAAAAACAGAGACGCGACACGCGGCCCGUCGACGACGCCGCGCAUCUCCCACAACAAGCGCGGAAUCGCGAAGGGUGGGGGUGUGCCGCGCGUACGAUCUCGCCGCGCUUGCUGAUGUGGAAGCCCUGAACGGAGGAGAAGUCUCAUCUGUCGUCCGACGCGUCUGUUCAACGCGGAGGUCACCGCACGUUCUGACUCCUGAGAAGACUUUCGCCGAGUCGACGAUCUCUUGCCUUUUCUCACUCUUCCCUUCUCUUUUCUCUUUUUUCUUUUUUUCUCGCGCUUGAUCUCCCCGUGGAACGCGUGCGCUCAUGUUGCUGCAAAUCCUGGUCGGUUUCUCCGUCCUGGUGACGGCGAUCCCACAGCGGACGAUCCCGGACGGCGUUUUGAACAAGGAUGCGAGUGGUAAGGAUCACUAUGUCAAUUCCCAGCACAAUCCAGCUUAUGAUCACGAAGCUUUUCUUGGAGAAGAGGCCAAGACUUUUGAUCAACUUAGUCCCGAGGAAAGCACUAGGAGAUUGGGGAUAAUCGUUGACAAAAUAGACAAAGACAGUGACGGCUAUGUCACACAAGAAGAGCUUAAGGAUUGGAUAAUGUACACACAGCAACGUUACAUCCGAGAUGAUGUAGAACGUCAGUGGCGUUCUCACAAUCCGACGGGAAAGGAUAAAUUGUCUUGGACCGAAUACAAGAAUAUGGUUUAUGGUGAUAUGGAGGAGCAAGAGAUGGAAAGGGAGAAGAACGACAAAGCGGACGACUCGUUCUCAUAUCUUCAAAUGUAUAAGCGAGAUCGUAGAAGGUGGACCGCCGCGGAUCUCGAUGGCGACGACGCUCUGACCAAGGAGGAAUUCACUGCCUUUCUUCACGCGGAAGAUGCAGAGCAUAUGAAGGAUGUCAUAGUGCUGGAAACGAUGGAGGAUAUCGAUAAGGACGAAGACGGAAAGAUAUCCCUUGCGGAAUACAUCGGCGACAUAUACAGGGGCGAAGAGGGUGAGGAGGAGCCAGAAUGGGUGAAGAACGAGAAGGAACAGUUUUCCUCUUAUAGAGACAAAGACGGAGAUGGAUUCUUGAAUGCUGACGAGGUGAAAACGUGGAUCAUUCCUGCGGAAUUUGAUCAUGCCGAAGCGGAAUCGAGACACUUUAUUUAUGAAGCGGACACAGAUGCGGAUCACAAGCUAACGAAGAACGAGAUUCUAGAGAAGUACGACAUUUUCGUCGGAUCACAGGCGACCGAUUUCGGCGAGGCGCUAGCAAGGCACGACGAGUUUUGAUGAGGUGCAAUCUCAUAAGAAAAGAAAUUACUAACAAUCGAAAAUUACUUAUAAUGCUCUAUUUAAGAUCUAGUUUGUCUAUACAAAAUAUUUAUCUAUUUACUCUAAUAAAUGUUUUUUUAUAUCGUGGAUAUUUACAUAAUCAAUGCCGUAAAGAGAGAAAGAUAGAAAAGAUGAAUGCGUGAAUUGCUAUAUCUGCCAAAAAUUGUAGAGCUCGAUAUUAGCUUGUUAUAAAUAAAUUUUUUAUAUUGUCAUUGUG